AAACCAUGGGGGCAGUUGUUACCGCUGGUGGACAUUGACGCGGACGUAUUUGAUGGACUGGAGAGAUUUGAAAAUGAAUUUGUCAUCAGCUUCACGGAGACGUCUAGAGAGAAGUCAUUUACUCUGUUAUUUCUUUAUAGACAUCCUCUUCCUAAGAGAUAUUACCUCACAAUGAAGCCUUAUCCUGACCGCCAAACAACAGCGGUGCUGCGAAACUUCUCGAACGAAAUGAAUAAAAAGAGAAUGCUUGGAAGUUUUGAGAAUAUGGAAGCCCGGAUAUUUCAGCGGACAAUCAACGAACCAUGCUCAAACAAUAUACCAAUGGUUCUGAAAUCCGAGCCGAAUUCAUUUUUCUGUACCAUUAAUACUCCACUGGUUACUGAAGUGUUUAAGGAAUUCCUAACGGAUUCUUACGUCGACCAAAAAGAUGAAAAAUGUGAUAAAGCCAGAAGAAUCUGCCAACUGUGCAUGAUGCAAUCAUGUGGAAUCAAAAAUAUCGACUGGAAUAUGCGACGGAGUCCUUUUGAGUUAGCAAGUGAGUUGGCCUUUAUGAUUCAAAUUCAAGUUGUUGCCAAAUCUCCUGUUACGCCACUCCCCAUUGUCUGCGCUAUUUCAGCAGGGAAUGCUACCCGCUGGAUCGCUAUAUGCAGGAUAACAGCAAACUUUGCUUUCGUGUUUGGAAAAUUUUUAGAAAUAAACUACCCCUUGUGCUCAAUGUGGAAAGUUCGAGUAAUUCAUUUUCAUUUCCACUCAGGCAAAACCCUUCAAUUUACUUUGACACCAGACUUCGACUUCAAAAACAGAAGGAUACAAUGCCAUUUGAAAAGGCAUCGGAGCUCCAAUAACAAAAAUAUCGUGAUCGAUUUUGGUUUUGAUUUUACAACACUUGGCAAAAAUCAGGACCUUGACCACUCAACCAAUACCAACAGCUUUCAUUCCAAUUCCUACAAAGUUCAAAUUCCUUUGCGAAUUAUACCCGAGAGGGCUCAUAAUUUCUUAGGAGGUCACUUUGUCUUCCAUUUGAAGGAAAAUAUACCGGACAUCGAGGAGGCCGUACUUAUUAAAAAUACUCAAGCUGACUCAACCAAUUCCACGUACUGUCUAGUCGAUCUCCAACACCGAAAGGGUGGACUACUUAAUAACAAUUCCAUUGAGCUUUUUCGACAGCGAGACGAGAAAUAUAUUACAUUCCAGAAUAUAAAACCAUUCCAGUUUAACACCGAAAACUGGCACAAACAAGGAUGCGCGGUGGAAAUAUCUGAUGGGAUCGCUCAAGAACAAGUUGUGGAGAAUGCGACAGAAAAUGUUCCCGUUACCGUUCGAAUCAUCCCUCCAAAGCGUCAGGGUGCGCCAUUCAAUUAUAUUGUACAUGAAAAAGACCACAAAAUUCAACUUCAUUUAUCUGCCAAAGGCGCCUUAAAAUGCGUAUUGCAGACAAAUUUUCCUCCCCUUUACGAAUUUCCAGACGCUGGUGGAGAAAAGUGCAGUACUUCAAAAGGAUGCAAAGUUUGUUGGUGA